AUGCUAACCAAUUACAACCUCGUCGCAAGAUCAACCCACGACGUCCGAGGAUUCCGUGGCGCCCACGCGAAACAGUCACACAUAUCCGCCCAACCCACAACCAUCAAGAACUGGCACAAGAAGAUAAACUGGCUGAACACCACCCUUGUUAUCCUGAUUCCAGCCUACGGCCUCUAUCUAGCGCGCUCGACACCCCUCACUCGUCCAACGCUGCUAUGGAGCAUCAUCUACUACUCCAUGACCGCCUUUGGUAUCACGGGCGGUUACCAUAGACUGUGGAGUCACCGUUGUUACUCUGCACGUCUGCCGCUACGCCUCUUUCUGGCAUUUGUAGGAGCUGGAGCUAUCCAAGGAAGCAUUCGCUGGUGGAGCGCCAAUCAUCGUGCUCACCAUCGAUGGACCGAUACGAUGAAAGACCCGUAUUCAGUCAUGCGGGGCCUAGUCUUCUCGCACAUUGGCUGGAUGAUCAUGAACACGGAUCCAAAAGUAAAGGGCCGCACAGAUAUCUCUGAUCUAGACAGUGAUGCCAUUGUCGUUUUCCAGCACAAGCACUACGGAAAAAUACUUCUUUUCACCGCUUGGGUGUUCCCUGCCCUAGUGGCUGGUUUAGGCUGGGGUGACUGGUGGGGAGGCUUUGUUUAUGCUGGCAUAAUACGCGCGUGUUUCGUUCAGCAAGCAACCUUUUGUGUUAAUUCAUUGGCACACUGGAUUGGCGAACAACCGUUUGACGACCGAAGGAGUCCGAGAGACCAUGUACUUACAGCUCUUGUUACAAUGGGAGAGGGGUAUCACAACUUCCAUCACGAAUUUCCUAGUGACUACCGCAACGCUAUCAUCUGGUACCAAUAUGACCCCACAAAAUGGCUUAUCUGGGGCAUGUCGAAGAUUCCCUUUUUUCCACUAGCCACCGACCUGAAGACCUUCCGCGCCAACGAAAUCGAAAAAGGCCGUCUCCAACAGCAACAAAAGGCCGUUGACAAGAAACGUGCACUCCUCGACUGGGGCACUCCACUCUCCCAACUCCCCGUCCUCUCCUGGGACAAAUUCCAAACCCAGGCUUCAGCCGACGGCGCCGCUUUGGUAGCUAUUGCUGGAGUCAUCCACGACGUCUCGCCUUUUGUUGCCGACCACCCCGGCGGCAAAACACUCAUCAAGUCUGCGAUUGGGAAAGACGCAACAGCUGUGUUCAAUGGCGGUGUAUACCAACAUUCCAACGCUGCACACAAUCUACUUUCGACAAUGAGAGUCGGUAUUCUGCGCGGAGGCCAAGAAGUCGAAGUGUGGAAAUCCGGGGCGGAAAGAGCGACGAAAGAUACGAGAAGCCUUGGUAUCGUGAGGGCUGGUGAGCAGGCGACGAGGGUUUUGGCACCGGCUGCGGCGGCUGUGGCUGCGUGA